AUGGAUGACUUGUCAAUCCGAUGGAAAUCCCUUACUCUAUCCGAAAAAGAGGGUUCAGGACUAGCUCUGAACUCCGACCAAGCCACUUCAAAAUUUUCCUUGGUGGCUCGAUUCCUAACCAAACGACCGAUCAACCUGGACGCCAUAGCAAAUACAUUCAACCCCUUGUGGAGGACAAAAACGGGAUUCAAAAUGAAAUACAUUGGAGAUCAUUUGGUACUUUUCUCCUUUGAUUCCAAAGAAGAUGUUGACAGAGUCAUAGCAGUAGAGCCAUGGAGCUUUGACAAAAAUCUCAUGGUGGUCUCAAGAUAUGAAAACGAAACGGAGAUGAUUGCUAUAUCAACUUCAUCGCCGAAUCACAUCGACGGCAUGGUGGGCGAAGACCAGGAAAAUAAGUUUCGUCUAACCUGUAUUUACGGCUUUGCUGACCCAGCUAGGAAAAACGACACUUGGGAUCUCCUGCGCCAUCUCCGUGCAAGCUCCUCUGUGCCGUGGGUUUGCGUAGGGGAUUUCAAUGAAAUCCUCUGGUCUCACGAGAAAUGUGGCUUGGGUCCUAGAAGUGAGCUGCAAAUGAAAGCCUUUCGUAAUGUCUUGGACGAGCUCGAUCUGAAGGAUUUGGGUUUUGUAGGGAAAAAAUUCACUUGGAAAGGGCGUCGACAUGGUGGCUAUGUGCUUGAGCGGCUGGAUAGAGCAGUUGCAAACUCUCUUUGGCUCGCAAAAAACCCGGGCACAAAAGUUCAGAACCUCCAUUCCAACUCAUCGGAUCACCAAGCCAUCCUGGUGAAGCCUGAAGGUAUCACCCCUAAUCCAAAUCGCCCCUUUAAAUUUGAACAAAUGUGGCUUAAGGAUAGUGGGUGUAGUGCCACUGUCAAAAGCGCAUGGGUCCCUCCUAUGGUGGGGAUUACAAUGCCGGAGGUGGCAGGGAAGGUUAAAGUCUGUGGCUCGAAGUUGUCGGAAUGGAGCAAAAACUCCUUUGGCAGCGUCAAAAAUAGGCUUGAAGAAAAGAAAAAACUCCUUGAAAAAGCUGAAUUGGCCGCGGCUAAGGAGCGUUCUCACGCGUUUUUCCUGACCUGUGGUGACAGGAAUACUGCUUACUUUCACAGUAAGGCUUCCCAAAGAUUCAGGAGGAAUAGGAUUUUGGGCUUGAAAAAUGCUCAGAAUAAUUGGUGUACGGAAGUGAAUCAAAUUAAAGAAAUCACAGUUGAGUAUUACCAAGCUCUAUUUUCCACCUCCUCACCAUCUGAUUUUGGGGACAUCCUGGACAAAAUUCAACCAUCAGUAACUGAAGAAAUGAAUGCAAAGCUACUAAGGGAGUUCAACAAGGAAGAAGUGGUACUAGCAGUAAACCAGAUGAAAGCCAUUUCAGCCCCUGGUCCCGACGGUAUGCCCCCUCUCUUCUUUCAAUCUUUUUGGAAUAUAGUUAGUGAUGAUGUCUGUUUUGCUGUGUUAGAUUGCCUGAAUAACUGUAAGAUCCCAGAAGAAAUAAACCUUACUCAUAUUGCAUUAAUUCCAAAAGUUAAAUCACCAGAAAGAAUUUUUGAAUUCCGUCCUAUAAGUUUAUGCAGUGUGAUUUAUAAGUUGGUAUCUAAGGUGCUGGCCAAUAGACUUAAGUGUUUACUGUCUGAAAUUAUUUCAGAGAACCAAAGUGCCUUUCAGGCAGGUAGGGUUAUCACAGACAACAUAUUGAUGGCUUUCGAAACUCUGCAUUACAUGAAGCAUCACCAGUCGGGCAAGUUGGGAUUCAUGGCGUUGAAAUUAGAUAUGAGCAAAGCGUACGACCGGGUUGAAUGGAAAUAUCUAGAGUUAAUUAUGAAGAGUAUGGGUUUUGUUGACAAGUGGGUGGCCUUAAUGAUGGAAUGUAUUUCAACAGUUAGCUACUCGAUACUCAUUAACGGUGAACCCUCUCAAACUAUCCACCCUACUAGAGGAAUCAGACAGGGAGACCCGCUCUCCCCAUUCCUCUUCCUUUUCUGCUCUAAAGGUCUCCAUAGCCUUCUCCGCCAUUCUGCAGAAACUGGCCACAUCAGGGGGAUCUCCAUUUGUAGAAAGGGCCCCCGACUAACUCACCUCUUCUUUGUUGACGACAGCAUUCUUUUCUGUAGAGCCUCUACUUCGGAAUGCCUCAAGAUCGAAAACAUUUUGGACAGCUAUGAAAGAGCCUCCGGGCAGCAGUUAAAUAAGUCUAAGACUUCUCUCUUUUUCAGCAAAUCUACCCCAGCUGAAACCAUUGAUCAAAUCACUAGUUUAAUGGGAGCUCAGGAGGUCAAGCAAUAUCAGAAAUACCUCGGUCUCCCUACCCUAGUGGGCAGAAACAAGAAAGCAAGUCUUAGAUUUAUCAAGGAGUGGGUGUGGGCCAAACUUCAGGGUUGGAAAGAGCAGCUCCUCUCCCAAGCGGGUCGAGAAGUAUUGUUGAAGGCGGUGAUUCAGGCCAUCCCUACCUUUGCCAUGAGUUGCUUUAAACUCCCCAUCACCCUAUGCAAUGACAUAGAGCAAUUAAUCCGCAAAUUCUGGUGGGGUCACAGGGGAAACCAAAGGAAGAUUCAUUGGUCUAAAUGGAGCACUCUCUGCCUUCCAAAAGACAUGGGCGGCUUAGGUUUUAAGGAUCUUCAGAAAUUUAAUGAAGCUUUGUUGGCUAAGCAAGUGUGGCGUCUCUUGGAGGAUAAGCCCUCUCUCUUCCACAGGUUUUUCAAGUUGAAGUUCUUCCCUAGAGGCUCUAUUUUUGAUGCAAAGGAAGGCAGGGGUUCUUUUGCUUGGAAUAGUAUCCUUAAAAGCCGAGAACUUAUUAAAAAAGGGUCCCAAUGGCGUGUGGGAAAUGGAGAAAACAUUCCAAUAUUCGGAGCCAAAUGGCUUCUUGACCCUCAAUAUCCAGAAAUACAAUCUGCUCCUACUUUCUUCGGCGAAGAUGCUAAGGUGGCUAUUUUGAUUGAUAACGAUCGAAAAAGCUGGAUUGAUGAGGUAAUUGACAAUAAUUUCCUGGUCCAUGAAGCUAGAGUGAUCAAAGCAAUCCCUCUAAGCCUCAUUGAAGUAGUUGACAAACUUUGUUGGUAUAGCAAUUUAGAUGGUCUGUAUUUGGUGAAAGGGGGUUACAAACUCCUUAUGAGCGAGGAUCAAAACUCUAAUGUUGUAGCUUCCCCGGGGUCCUUGCCAAAGAGCUCGUGGAGGAGUCUUUGGAAAUUGAACACCCCUAACAGAAUAAAGACUUUGUUGUGGCGCGCCAUUUCAAAUGCCUUACCAACCCGGGCUAACCUGAUUAAGAGGAAAGUCCUCACUGACCCAACUUGUCAGGCUUGCGGUUUGGCUCCUGAGACAUCCUUACAUGCCCUCUGGUCUUGUCCUAAGCUAUCUAGUGUGUGGGCCGUGCACUUUAGCUUACUGAGAAAUGAAGCUAGUGGAAGCUCUUCCUUCCGUGAAGUCUUUCAACUGUGUUUGGAGAAGUCUCACCCCCCUGAUCUUUUUGCAAUGAUUUCUUAUCAAAUUUGGUUCAGGCGCAAUAAGGUGAGAAUAGGUGAAGUUGUGGAGGAUCUGAAAUUGGUUAACUCUUUGGCCAGGGAUGCCCUUCAAGAAUUCCAACAAGCAAACAUAGCUCCCCUCAAGUCUCCCCCUGCUCUGAGCAUCCCCAAGUGGGUGCCUCCACCUUCGGGUUGGGUCAAAGCUAACUUUGAUGGGGCUAUUUUCCAGGAUCGUGAUGCUGCAGGACUUGGUAUCAUCAUCCGAAACGACUAUGGUCUUGUAAUGGCUGCUCUAACACAAAUUAUUCCUCUGCCCACUUCAGUGGAGACAGUGGAAGUGUUGGCAGCAAGAAGGGCGGUGAUCUUCGCCUUUGAACUGGGAUUUGAUUAG